AUGUCACCUUCCGCUGCCGUUGCUGCCCAAAAUAAGCAAGAUGCCCCAUUGAAUCUUGAUGAACUAGUCACCAAAAUUUCCCUCUUGAACACCUCGAAGGAUCCAAGAUCCACUGUCAAGGGAGGAUUUGCUGAUUCUUGGGUUGAAGCUUUACCUGAAACUACUAGAGGUAGAUACGAAAAGUACGGAAUUGAUUUAAGUAAAGGUUACCCUCAAAGACCUCCUACCGAAAACAUUCCAAUUUUCGUAGAUGAAGCUUUUGCUAUUCGUGAAAAGGAACAACCUUUCGUCGAAAGAGGUAAGAAUGCCGAUCCAGAAAAGAAGGCUCUUUUCGGAGCUGCCAAGGAGGUCAAGAACUUGACGAAACACAUUGGUACUGAAAUUGUCGGUUUACAGUUGAAUGACUUGAACGAUAAGCAAAGGGACGAAUUGGCACUCUUGAUUGCUGAGAGAGUCGUUGUAUUUUUCAGGGACCAGGACCUUGACCCUAAGGUGCAAGCUGAGUUGGGUGCCUACUACGGUAACGUCGAGUACCAUCCACAGCAGGUGCACGUUCCUGGCCUCCCUGGUGCAACGGUUAUCUGGCAAGAUUUAUUCCGCCAUUUGGGUCUUAAAAUCGGAUUCAAGAACACUGUUAAGGCUGGUACGCUGCAGUGGCACACCGAUUUAACUCACGAAUUGCAACCUCCGGGUAUUACUCAUUUGCAUAAUGAUGCAAUUCCAGAUGUUGGUGGUGAUACUGUUUGGGCUUCGGGCUACGCCGCUUAUGAUAAGUUGUCACCAGCAUUACAGCAGUUCUUAGAUGGCAAGAAGGCAGUAUACUUUUCAGCUCAUAGCUACGUUGAUCGUGAAAAUCCUUUGAAAGGAAGAAAGCAUGUAGAAAGAGAACAUCCAAUUAUUAGAACUCACCCUGCAACUGGUUGGAAGUCUUUGUUUGUCAAUAGAGCUAUGACCAGUAGAAUUGUCGGUUUAGAACCUGAAGAAAGCAAAGUUAUCUUAGAGUACUUGUACAGUAUCUUCGAGAAGAACUUAGAUAUUCAAGUGAGAUUCAAUUGGAAGCCAACGAAGCCUGGUUUGGGUACUUCUGCUCUUUGGGAUAACAGAGUUUCUCAACACUUUGCGGUCUGGGACCACGAAGGUAAGGAACCAAGACACGGUGUUAGGGUAUCGUCAUUGGCUGAAGUUCCAUAUUUUGACCCUAACUCUAAGUCUCAAAGAGAGGCCUUAGGCUUAUCUUUGGACUAA